AUGAUAUAUAUUAAUUGUUUUAUUAAUCUUAUUUUUAAAAUGAAUGAAGAAUCAAAUUAUGGAUAUAGAAUUAAUGAUGAUAAUAUUAAAAAUUUAAAUCAGUGUAUUGGUGAUAUUACCUGUGAUUAUAAUAAUUUAUGUACAAUUGAUAAAUGCGGUAAAGAAAUUGGUUGUACUAAUAUUCCAUUGAAAUGUCUACCUAAAAUUACAAUAGGAAUUCUUGGUUUUGGGCUAUUGUGUCAAUUAGAAAAAUGUUAG